GUUGGUGGUCGCUUUUAAUUGAAUCGCGUAAAGACGCGUUUUGGUGGUCCCUUCACCUAGACAACGACAACCAUUCACAACUCGAGCGCAUCACGACUUGUUCCAUCUUUUUCAGGACUAUCGUUGCACCAGGUCGCAUUGUGUUUCUGGUCGAGGAUUUGCUAUUAAUUUCGACAGGAGCAAGCGUAACAAUGGCAAACGUCGAAGAGUGGCUUGCCAACGCCAAUGAGGCGAUUCAUAUCAGCCUGGUGUCUCCCUCCGAAUCUGGCCUUCAGCAUGUGGCGACAUUCAACCCCCGACACACAUACUCGAUUUUUGGCGAAGAAGAACAGGUCUUUGGCUACAAAGAUCUCAAGGUCAGCCUGCGGUUUCGCGCCAACGAUAUGCGACCGCACUUGAAGACAUCCUACAGCAAGAAAUUCAAGGCUGUUGGAGGACCCGAGCCUACAGAUGUGGCAGCUAUUCUCGAGGAAGGCAACCAUUUGCCAAAGAUCGCUUUUGCCAAGGCAACCGAUUUCGAAGAGAGCUCCAAGCUAAUGGGCGACAACUGGUCACCACCCGGCACCCUUCAUGCGACCUUCGAUAGUCCUGAUGGCGAGUACGAAAUCUGGCGCGGGAAUCUCGCCGACCCAGCUAUCAAGCAACUCAACAGCCGCCUGCAGAUAUUUGUUCCUCUAUUCAUCGAAGGCGGCACCUACAUCGGCCAAGAUCCUGAGAUGGACUCAACAGAGCUUGACCUCUCUGAUGCCGACCGAUGGACAUUCUUUGCCCUUUACCAGAAGCGAAAGGUGGCGGACAAGACCUCGUAUGUGUUUGUAGGCUACUCAACCAUCUACCGAUUUUACUAUUUCCAGCCGCCCACGCCCCCAGCAUCGCCUCGAAGCGAUGAGUGGGAGCUGCCAAAUGGUGAGGUGGAUCUCGGCGAGUUACCCUCCCGAACAAGACUAUCUCAAUUCGUUAUUUUACCCCCUUUCCAAGGCAAGGGCAACGGAGCACGACUCUACAAGACCAUCUUCGAGCACUACCAUAAGAUUCCACAGACCUACGAGUUCACUGUGGAGGACCCAAACGAAGCCUUCGAUGACUUGCGAGAUAUUUGCGAUUUGCAAUUCCUCCGCACCAAGUCCGAGUUCAACGACCUGCGACUUGAUACAGAAGUUACCAUUCCUAGGAAGGGAACUCUUCCAAAACUGAUUGUGGGCAGUGACAAGCUCGAAACUAUUCGACUUGAGGCUAAGAUUGCCCCUCGCCAAUUUGGCCGAGUCCUAGAAAUGCAUCUCAUGUCUCAACUUCCCAAAUCAGUACGACCAACAAUGGACAUUGAUGGAGACAAGCCAGAAGCCACACAAGACGAAAAGCACCAGGGAAAAGUCUGGAGUCUGAUUGUCAAGCAGCGACUGUACCGCCACAACAAAGAUGUCCUAUCUCAAAUCGAACCUCAUGAGCGCGUCGACAAGCUUGAUGACACUCUGCAGGGUGUCGGACUAGAGUAUGCGCGUAUCCUGGCUGCCUUGGAACGCUCAGAGAAGCAUUCUCAAGGCCAAUUAACAGCAAAUGGCAAGCGAAAGCUGGAUACAGAGGAAACUGAGCAGGAUACCAGUAGCAAGAAAGCUCGCGUUGAGAACUCUUAGAUGUCUAUGUAUUAUAAUUUUGUGAGGCUUAAUCGAAGUAACGGAUUAACUAGGCGUUGGGAACAUAAUGGACAGAGAAAAAUG